UGUCAAAUGUAAAUAUUGUGACAAAGAUAAUUUGAAGAGCUGGCUCAAAGAAAAUGACUGAAAUGGAGAAACGUUGCCAGGAAGAGAAAGCAUCACUGGAAGAGAAACAAACCUUCACAAACCCAGGAGAACAUGAUGAUGAAGCCUCAGUUGGUCCCAGUGAUGGACAGCAGGUUCAGCCCACCAAGAGGCUGCAGAAACAACACCGUUGUGACACGUGUCUGAAACAUUUCAGAUGGAAGACGAAUCUGAAAAUUCAUCAACGCAUUCACACUGGAGAGAAGUGCUAUCUCUGUGACCAGUGUGGAAAGACUUUCAAUCAGAAGAGUUCUUUAAACAGCCAUCAGCGAAUCCACACUGGUGAAAAGCCUUAUAGAUGUGAUCAGUGUGAGAAGACAUUCAAAUAUUCCUCAGGACUGAUGUAUCAUAAGCAAAUCCAUACUGGUGAAAAGCACUAUUUCUGUGACCAGUGUGGAAAGUCUUUCAUUACCAAGGGUUCUUUUAACAGCCAUAUGCGAAUCCACACUGGUGAGAAGCCUUAUAGAUGUGAUCAGUGUGAGAGGAGAUUCAAACAAUCCUCACAUCUGAAGCGUCAUCAGCAAAUCCAUACUGGUGAAAAGCACUAUUUCUGUGACCAGUGUGGAAAGACUUUCAAUCAGAAGAGUUCUUUAAACAGACAUCAGCGAAUCCACACUGGUGAGAAGCCUUAUAGAUGUGAUCAGUGUGAGAAGACUUUCAAUCACAAGGGUAAUUUAAACAAACAUCAGCGAAUCCACACUUGUGAGAAGCCUUAUAGAUGUGAUCAGUGUGAGAAGACUUUCAAUCACAAGGGUAAUUUAAACAAACAUCAGCGAAUCCACACUGGUGAGAAGCCUUAUAGAUGUGAUCAGUGUGAGAGGAGAUUCAAACAAUCCUCACAUCUGAAGCGUCAUCAGCAAAUCCAUACUGGUGAAAAGCACUAUUUCUGUGACCAGUGUGGAAAGACUUUCAAUCAGAAGAGUUCUUUAAACAGACAUCAGCGAAUCCACACUUGUGAGAAGCCUUAUAGAUGUGAUCAGUGUGAGAAGACUUUCAAUCACAAGGGUAAUUUAAACAAACAUCAGCGAAUCCACACUGGUGAGAAGCCUUAUAGAUGUGAUCAGUGUGAGAAGACAUUCAAACAAUCCUCAAAUCUGAAGCGUCAUCAGCAAAUUCACACAGGAGAAAAAGCCUGAUCCACAUAAGACAGUAGCAACAUCUGGAAUGUGAAAGAACUUCUUUCUCUCCUCCUUUCUUCCAUCACUACGGUGGCAGUCGGUGAUGUCAGUAACAUUUAUAUCAAUAAUAAUAACAAGCAUGCAAACAAAUUGUCAUGUCGUCGUUUUGUUGUAGCAAAAACAAAGAUGCUGUCAGGA